AUGCUGUUGGGGCUCCCGCGGCAUUGCAGUGCGUCAGGCAUGUUCGCGGAGGCGCGCACGGAUGGCUUUCACGCGAUAAUGCGAAAACGUGUCGCGUCCCUGCUGAGACGUAUCGCCGCCCUUAUUAAGGAGGAAGCCGGAUUUAUGGAUGAGGAGGCGCGUGUGAAGGAGGAGUGCUCGGACAGCACAGACGGGUGCGGCGUGAGCGAGGCAGCCAUGCUGGCCGGCCUGUACGACGAGCACGUGGUCAAGGACGAGCUCGUGCUGGGGCCGGAGCGCCCGCACCGCCCCACAGUCGCCCCGGUGGUGAGAGCGCCCACUCUUGUCUCCUCUGCGGUGGUGUUGGGUCGGCGCCGCUCGUGCUCGGUCAGGCUGGAGCGCCUGCUGGUGGACGCGGAGCGGCGCACCUGCCGGGUCGGGCGCCGCACAUACAAGCUGCACGCCACCGAGCCCGCACCCACACCCCAUGUCACCACCGCCAUCUCUCAAUGUCACCAUUGCGGCAAACAGUUCAGGAGCAAGUCGGUUUUGAAGAAGCACGUACACACUCACUUGCCUUUACAUAAUUCAACCGUAGGGGAUUAUGGUUUAGAACGACAUCAAAUGCUACAUGGUGACAAAAAACUGUAUGAAAAGGCUCACAUGAUUAUACACUCAGGCGAAAAGCCUUUUAGGUGUAAAUACUGUGGCUACGAGAGUAGUAGAAAAUUUAAUUUACGAACUCACCUGAUCACUCACACAGUCGACAAGCCUUUCAGUUGUAGUCACUGUAGCCACAAGUGUAAAAGAAAAAGCGACUUACAGACUCACCUGAUGACUCACACAGACGAAAAGCCUUUCCGGUGUACAUACUGUGGCUACAAGUGUAAAAGAAAAGGACAGUUACGGUCUCAUCUGAUGACUCACACAGACGAGAAGCCUUUCCGGUGUACAUACCGUGCCUACAAGUGUAAAAGAAAAGGACAGUUACGGUCUCAUCUGAUGACUCACACAGACGAGAAGCCUUUCAGUUGUAGUCACUGUAGCUACAAGUGUAGAAGAAAAACAGAUUUACAGCGUCACCUGACGACUCACAUAGACGAGAAGCCUUUCAGUUGUAGGCACUGUAGCUACAAGUGUAGAAGAAAAGAACAGUUACGGAAACACCUGAUAACUCACACAGACGAGAAGCCUUUCAGUUGUAGUCACUGUAGCUACAAGUGUAGAUGUAAAGCAGAUUUACAGCAACACCUGAUGACUCACACAGACGAGAAGCCUUUCAGUUGUAGUCACUGUAGCUACAAGUGUAAAAGAAAAGGACAGUUACGGUCUCAUCUGAUGACUCACACAGACGAGAAGCCUUUCAGUUGUAGUCACUGUAGCUACAAGAGUAAAAGAAAAGGACAUUUACGGUCUCAUCUGAUGACUCACACAGACGAGAAGCCUUUCAGUUGUAGUCACUGUAGCUACAGGUGUAGAAGUAAAAAAGUUUUACAGCGUCACCUGAUGACUCACACAGACGAGAAGCCUUUCAGUUGUAGUCACUGUAGCUACAAGUGUAGAAGAAAAACAGAUUUACAGCGUCACCUGAUGACUCACAUAGACGAGAAGCCUUUCAGUUGUAGUCACUGUGGUUACAAGUGUAAAAGAAAAAGAGAUUUACAGACUCACCUGAUCACUCACACAGACGAGAAGCCUUUCAGUUGUAGUCACUGUAGCUACAAGUGUAGAAGAAAAACAGAUUUACAGCGUCACCUGAUGACUCACAUAGACGAGAAGCCUUUCAGUUGUAGUCACUGUGGCUACCAGGGUAAAAGUAAAAGACAUUUACAGAGUCAUCUGAUAACUCACACAGACGAGAAGCCUUUCAGGUGUAAACACUGUGCCUACAUGUGUAAAAGAAAAUCAGAACUAUGGACUCACCUUAAGAGAAGCCUUUCAUGUGUAAUGUAGCCACUGUAGAUACAAGUGUAGAAGGAAAUUUGGCGGACUCUUCUGUAAGUACUGUGACCACUUGCCGUUGUAAAUUCUAUUCGUCGUGUUCCUAUUAUUGUAUUAUGUAUAUACACUUUUUGUAUCAAGCUUACAUUUUGUUUUCAUUCGGCGAAUAAAUGCAUUGAAUUUA